AGGUGUUCUCUGAUUCACAACCAGACAGAGCAGAAUAGAUUUACACACAGAAUGGCGAGAACCUUCCUACAAGCUCUACUGCUCUAUGGAUUGAGUUUGGUCUCUGUGUUGGUUUCUCAGUGUCAGCCUAUGGAGGUUCGUACUGGGGAUACCAUCACCUUGCAGUGCUCCAAUCUUACAACAGUUGUGGGACACACAGCAUGGUUCAAGCAAGUCAACGGAUCAGAGCCUGUGUGUAUCUCAUCUAUGUACGGCUUUAAUUCAACACCUGAUCUCCACAAUGGUUUUCAAAGGAGCCAUUUGGAAAUGUUCAGCAACCACACCACUAUCUUUCUCAAAAUCACAAAAGUGGAAAUAGCUGACUGUGGUCUGUAUUUCUGUGGAUUGUUUCCACAGAGCCACAUGUUCUUUGUCAACGCAACAUAUCUAAAAAUUAAAGGACGCUGUAAUGGAACUAUCAGUCUAGUAGGAGAGGAUGAUGACAUAUACCUAGGAGAGGAUGAUGAUGGAACAAUGUACCUCCUUCCCCUGGUUGUGAUCCUGGCUGUUGUGACUGCUGUUCUACUGAUAGUCAUCCUCAUCCUGGUCCUCAAGAUCAGACGAGACGCAAACAGACACAACACAGGACCUGAUCCUCAAAGACAACAACACAAUGAUCAGAAACAAGAUCCAGAUACAUUGAAUUAUGCCGCUCUGAAUUUCACCUCCAAGAAGAGGAAGCUGGAGAGGAGAAGAGAGAAGGAGCUGGACCCCCAUGUAGUGUAUGCUGCUACAAGAUGAUAAAGUGGAGGAGGAUGGAAGAGGAAAAUCAAUUGUCCAUAUCUUUGAAUACAUUGAUUUACCAUAUGCUUGAAUACAAGAUUAAAUAUUGCUAUAUUGUGUCUGUGUAGUUAUAUUGAAUGUAUUGACCUUUAUUUAAAUGUAAAUCAAUUCAUCUCUGCAGUGUAUGUUUGUGAGUUUUACCUCAGCUCUCUCCAACUCAGUUAGGCCAAACAGCUCAGUUGUACAGGGUGUGGUUAGAGAAGAGUUAGAAGUCAAAACACAACUGUUUAAAUGGUCACAGGGGAAUAGUUGCCUCUUUUGACCUCUCUUAACUUAGAUCUCUGUUGUGCGUGUCAGUGAUUUGGUCCUUUUUUUAUAGGGUGACCCUGAGGGACAAAGUACCCAACAGUAGACAACUGUAUUAUACUGAUCACUUAUAAAGACAAAUAAACAGCCAUUGCCAUGAUGUUAUUCAA